UUUUGUCUGACUGAGCGGCUUAUCCGGCUUAUCGGUUAUCGUUGAGUUUGAGCGGUCUGUGGGGUUUCGUCUGUAUGUUAUCGUUAAUGGGAUUUAUAGUUUACAAUUAAUAUAAAAUACAUCUACAAUCGUCAGCGUCUUGAUACUAUUAAGAUAACUCGAUAAUUGUAUUACUAGUCAGUCCGUGAUUGUACCCUAUUUGUUCAUUAUUUCAGUUUAACACUAUUACCAAAAAACAUGCAUGGUUUCAAACAAGUUGUAGUCAAAAGCCCCAAAGUGAAAUAUUGUGAAGAUUACAUAGAUGCUAUUUAUGAUUACCACUCUAAUCAAGUCGAUGUUGAUAAAGAUGUACUAGUGGUGAAACCAGUCGUAACUUGUCUUAACAUACGCACUGGCCGUAAGGUACCACGAGUCGGAGUGAUGCUAGUGGGAUGGGGAGGCAAUAAUGGCUCAACUUUCACAGCAGCUCUGUUGGCCAAUCAGUCUGAUACUACUUGGAAAACAAAACUUGGAGAAUUACAUCCUAAUUGGUUUGGAUCAAUUACUCAAGCUUCCACCAUUAGAAUUGGAUGUGACAAAGAUGGCAAAGAUGUUCACUGUCCUAUGUCACAACUUCUCCCAAUGUUAAAACCCGAAGACAUUGUUGUUGAUGGUUGGGACAUAUCCUCCUUCAAUCUUGCUGAAGCAGCCGAAAGAGCCAGAGUACUUGAUUGGAAUCUACAGCAAAAGUUGCAACCCACAAUGAAGAAGUUAAGACCACGCCCAUCAAUAUUUGAUCCAAGAUUCGUUGCUGCUAACCAGACAGACAGAGCAGACAAUGUAAUUUCAGGAAACAAGUGGCAUCAAAUGGAGACUGUUCGCAAAGAUAUCCGUGAAAUGAAGGCUCACAAUCAACUGGAUGAAGUUAUUGUAUUAUGGACAGCAAACACAGAACGGUUUUGCUCUGUGGAAAGAGGGCUUAAUGACACAGCUGACAAUCUUCUAGCAUCUAUCAAGUCGGAUGCUGUAGAAAUUUCACCAUCUACUUUGUUUGCUGUUGCAUCAAUUCUUGAGGGUGCCACAUUUAUUAAUGGAUCACCCCAGAAUACAUUUGUGCCAGGAUGUGUGGAGUUAGCGGAAACUCAUGGAGUCUUCAUCGGAGGAGAUGACUUCAAGACCGGUCAGACCAAACUGAAAUCUGUGAUAGUGGAUUUCCUUGUGAGUGCAGGUAUCAAACCCUUGUCUAUCGUGAGUUACAAUCAUCUGGGAAACAAUGAUGGCCGCAAUUUGUCAGCCCCGGAUCAGUUUAAAUCUAAAGAGAUUUCCAAAAGCAAUGUUGUUGAUGACAUGGUUGAAUCAAACCACAUACUCUUUAAAAAUGGGGAGAAACCUGACCAUUGUGUCGUCAUAAAAUACAUCCCGUCUACUGGUGACAGUAAGCGAGCUAUGGACGAGUACUCAUCAGAGCUCAUGCUAGGUGGAACAAACACAAUUUUCAUUGAAAAUAUUUGUGAAGACUCACUGUUAGCAGCACCAAUCAUGUUGGACCUGAUCAUAUUGGCAGAACUGUGUAAAAGAAUCCAAAUUCGACCCAAUGAUGGCUGUUCUGCUUUCUAUUCAAUGCAUCCUGUCCUCUCAAUUCUCAGCUACUUGCUCAAGGCACCACUUGUACCCUCAGGAACUCCAGUUGUAAAUGCCCUCUUCAAGCAACGCUCUUGUAUUGAAAAUGUUCUGCGAGCAUGCCUAAGCCUGCCUCCUGAACACUACAUGUUUUUGGAAAACAAAGUCCAUUCUGAUGUACUUCGCUAAGUUAAAUGUAACUUGCUGUUAGAAGUUUUGGUCAAUACUCUCAAUAAUGUACACGUUUUUAUAUUAUAAUUACAUCUUUUAAGUUUGACAUAUGACAAAGUAUUCAAGUUCUCUAAAAUUUUUAAAACUGUAAUUUUAUUUGAUUUGAAUACUGAUAUUUAGAAGUUGAUGUGAAAUAAGUAUAGUUGACUCACACUAUUAGUGCGAGACAUAUCUUUGCAAUCUUGGGUUGAGGCAAAUAAACUGUUGUUUAAGCACCAAGACCUGUUUAAUAAACUUCACGUAUGUAUAGAAAAUUAUUAUCUUAUGAUAAAACUAGUGAUUAAAAUUAUUGUUCGAGAUCUCUUUAGAUUAAUAUAUAAUGCAGCGAACGGCAAGGCUUGCCAUGAUAUGUCACGUACUAUAAUAUGGCACCUUCAGUACUUUCAACGUGUUGAAGUAAAACUGAUGCACUACCAUGCGAAAACGGCUGUGGAUAAGGAAGUGAAAAACACGUCUUCACAGCUGGUGUAUACUGAGACCAUCUUCUCUUACAGAUGGAGGAAUUUAGCUGCACUCACGGAACCCAAAUACUUCCCUUUCAACAAAUAAAUGCUAUCUGAUUUGCGGGUUGCUUUUACGUGCUAGCUACUGAGAUGAUGGUGCAACAAUCUCUUUAACAUCAAUUUAAACUCACGAUUUCGAUUUGCAGAUUAGUAUCGACAAAAGUUA